AUGUCUGAAGAGUUGUCGCUCGACAUAAACAUCAAGGAGCCGAGAUGGGACCAGGGGACCUUCAUGGGACGCGCCAAACACUUCUUCAUGGUCACAGAUCCCAGGAAUGUCCUGCUGUCCUCUGAGUCGCUGGAAGAAGCCAGAGUAAUCGUAGAGAACUACAGAGCUGGAACUGUGACUCCUGGCCUGACCGAGGAUGAACUUUGGAGAGCCAAGUACAUUUACGACUCCGCUUUCCAUCCCGACACUGGAGAGAAGAUGUUUGUGAUUGGUCGGAUGUCUGCUCAGGUGCCAAUGAACAUGUCCAUCACAGGCUGCAUGCUCACCUUCUACAGGACUACUCCAGCAGUUGUGUUCUGGCAGUGGGUUAACCAGUCCUUCAACGCCGUCGUCAACUACACCAACCGCAGUGGAGACGCUCCCAUCACCAUGAACCAGCUUGGCGCCGCCUACGUCAGUGCCACUACAGGAGCUGUGGUCACCGCGCUCGGACUCAAGUCUCUAGCUACGCGUCUCCCCCCAAUCGUCAGUCGGUUUGUCCCUUUUGCUGCUGUGGCUGCUGCCAACUGUAUUAAUAUUCCCUUCAUGAGACAGAGGGAGCUGAAGUAUGGGAUCCCGGUGAUGGAUGAGAAUGGAAACCGGUUAGGAGAAUCUGCCAACGCUGCCAAACAAGCCAUCGUUCAGGUGGUUGUGUCCAGGAUUGGCAUGGCGGUGCCUGCAAUGGCCAUUCCUCCUGUUAUAAUGAACGCUCUGGAGAAGAAAGCCUUCAUGAAGCGUUUCCCAGUUCUAAAUGCUCCUGUCCAAGUGGGGCUCGUCGGUCUGUGUCUGGUGUUUGCAACGCCGCUCUGCUGCGCCCUGUUCCCUCAGAAAAGCUCCAUGAGCGUGAGCGGACUGGAGGCAGAUCUGCAGGAGAAGAUACGGCAGCUAAGUCCAGACACCACCACCGUCUACUUCAACAAGGGCCUGUAGGCACAUGAGCAGGAUACAUGCAAACACACACAGACACAUGUGUGUUAUCAAUGUGUGUCGUCAUGGGCAUGGGUGAGAGUAAAAAAAAACAAAACAUUUAUUUAUGCUUUUGCAGUCAUUUUUAUUUUUGGUAUAUAUUCGUUUUUUGUGUUUUUAUUUCGUCUUCCUCUUGAUGGAUAACACAGGAAGCUGAUAAUCACUGACUGGCGGUUUACUUCAUGUUAUUUUUAAUGUCCUACUAGAAUAUUCUAAUGAAGGUUUUUCCUGUUA